AUGCCUAUACUUUUUAAGCCACUCCCCCUUUUGGCUUCUUGGCUAGGCUACAGGUAGUACAGUUGUCUCGACUCGGUUUCUUAAUUCUUUGUCUAAAAUUAACAAGAUUUUACAAAUAAAAUGACAGCUAAUACAAGAUUGCCGGUAACUCGCAGAGCCCUGGUUGUUCCAGAAUUAGAUGAGCUUUCAAGAGUUUUACAGGAGGGGCUGAAGAUCUGUUUUGAGACGGCUGAGGUCAACGUAGUAGACUGUCCAGAUUUGACCCAACAACCUUUCACCCUUGCAGCUCCAGGACUCUGUGGAAGUCCGCGGCUUGCUGAUGUUGGGGGUGUACCUUACUUGGUUCCGUUGGCUCAGAAAGAAAAGAAAUAUAACUUGGAUACAGUUGCUGAACAUGUUGAUCUUCCUGGAGCAUUCAUGCUUGGUGCUGGGGCUGGUCCCUUUGAUACAAUUGGUACAAAUAGUGAGAUGAUAACGAAUAUCAGAACCAAGUCAGCUGACCAAGAGGGUGACAAUCAGACUCGUAUCUCAUUGAUCAUUCCGGAAGAUGGCUCCUUCUGUCUCAAGAACAGUCCAUGUAGAGAUUUCCAGCUCUUGGGGAACUUUCUGGCCACUGAAGGAAAACCAGGCAAGGUCCUGGAGGUGAAGUGCCAAGCUAGACGAGGCCCUGAUAACUUUGUGUCCGUGAUGAGAUACAUUCUCCACAAGCAUUAUGGGAAGGACAAGUUUCUUGGUUUAGGAGGUGUGUUUCUCAUCGAAGAAGGAAAGGCCAAGAUACAUAUAAUGCCUGACUUCUCAAAAACGCCCCUCAACUCUGAGGAAGAUGUGAAUAAAUGGUUGAGGUUCUUUGAGUUUAACGCUCCUCUCAUCUGUUGCAGUGUAUUUGUCAGCCAUGAUCCGGGUAUGGAUCUGAGAAUAGAGCACACGCAUUGCUUUAGCCAUCAUGGCCAGGGAGGUCAUUACCACUACGACGUGACCCCGAAGACUGUUUCCUACAGAGGUUAUUUCGUACCAGCCGAGUGGAUGUACAGGAUAGAUCCUCCACAAGAGACACAUAACAUUGGCCGAGACUAGAUGGUCCAUGACUUCAGUUGACAGAUUACAUGCCUAUCAAGGAAUAUGUAGAUAAUUUCUGUUUUUUUUACAAUGAAUAGAUAUGACUUUGAAUCUUUGAUAAAUUAUUUAUGAUGAAAGCCAUCUCUGGUUGUGCACACUGUACAGAUGAAAAACUUAAUAAACUAUAAAGGGCUUUCAAGUAAACCAUGUUUUACUCUUGAUAGGGCUCCCUUGUUGAAAUAAUUGAGAUGGAUAGAAAUAUAUAAAUAAAUAGGAAUCCACCGAAGUAUGUACUUAGUCUUGGUAUCAGCUAUGCCUUAUGUGAGAUCUUUUAGCUGUUCUCCGGAUCCCUCAUCAUUUGCCUAUGCAGAAAGUUGAGGUACACCAGCAAAAUAAAAAGAAAAAUAAGCUGAGUGGGAUUAUUGCUAUUAGUCAUGGCAAAAAGUGGCCGACACAUUUUAAAGAUGCCUUAAGUGAAUAUUUUCUCUUUCAGUACUGAAAGUAUUGAUUUACAUUACUUAAUAUUUCAAUAUUAAAUCUGUUUACAACUAAAGAUUAGUUGUAUCUGAUUGUUUGCAACUACUUUUUGUCUUUUUCAGCUAGAAUCAUGAACACAAAUUUGAUUUAAUUUUUAAGCCCCAUCUUUUUCUUCUUCCUUGUGAGGCAACCAUAAUUAAUUAGCUGAUUAUUAUUUCAAGAAAUUAGAGGGUAGUGUGUUUGAAUCAGUGCUUUGAUAAGUCAACUAGAAAUUUAGCAAUCUAUAAACAUCUUGAUUAGAUUGAAUUUGAUAUUAUUUUUUAAUUUGAAUGAGAUAUUUUGCAAGGUAUAGAUAUAUGUAUUUAAAAUUAUGAAUAUGUUCUGAAACUUCACAAUUUUGUCCAUCAUAAUUAUUACCUAUGAGUACAUAUUGGUUAAAUGUUCUGAACUUAUUAUCAAAUCAUGAUUUCUUGUAACAUGUUGCUAACCAUUGAUUUUCUGUCACAGUUCCUGGUCUCAUAAAGCUUAUCAUUUGAUGACUAAUGUGCUCUCUACCAAUCAGAAUACACCAUUUCAGUAGCUUAUAACAGAAGCUUUUCAUUUGUGGUGGAUGAGAAAUUUCAUGAAUAGGACCCAAAACCAGAUGAUAUGUAUAUCUAUAUAUUCAUGUCAUAUGAUAUACUCCUUUGUAAACACACCAAAACUCGUAAGAUAAAUCCUAUUAGGUUCCUCCAUUGAAUAGUAUUGUGUGCUAGAAUGUGAUACAUUUUAAAACUAAAAUCAAGAUGAUGUUCUAUCUUUCAUAGAAUGAAUGGUGACAUGCAUGUUAAAAUGUCAGGAUUAUUUUUUUUACCCCUAGGUUGCAGGCACUUCCCCAAGGUUUAUGCAUAUUGCUGAGUCUGAAUGUAGAGACUAGAUUCACUCAUUUACCAUGGCUACUCAGUGAAUUUUUGGUCUAGUCUCCAUCCUACCAUGGACCUAUUACAAUAGGUCCAUGAUCCUACACAAUAAUUUGUAACAGUGUCAAAUUCUAGUCUGUGUUUGCAGACUAAAGUUGUAGCGUAGUAAUCUUUGGAUUAUAAUGUUUUUUUUUAAUAAUUUUAUUGUUUUUGGUGAUAAUUGUUAGGAGUGAAAAAUACUUCUUAUUGAAAUGAAUAUGUUUCUGAUAUGAUUGCAUUGUGUGUGGACCAAAGAGUGUGUAAAUUGUAUUCUAUAUUUUUCAAGAUCUGUAAGAUAAAAAGCAUAUUAUUUUUGCAUGAAAAAGUGACAAUAGUGAAUUUGAUUCUCUAGAUUUGUUACUGAUUUUGUGUUUAUUUUAUUACUUUUGUGUUCCUUUUUUCUCAGAAUUCAUGGAAUUAAGAAGAUGACAUUUUCUUCCAUGUUCAAAGUCUAUAUUUUAAUGGAGAGAAAAACAACAUGUAAUGUAGAAUGUGUGAGGUUUUACAUUUUAUGAUAGAUUUUAGUGAAGAUAACUUGUUUGAGAUAAUCAUGACAAGAUAACAGCAAUUGUAAAGUGCAAUGAUGCCAGUAAAAAUAUUAAAGAUGGGGGCAUUCAAGUCUGCCUCUUUAGCCCCAAAUUGGUAUUGAUUGGCAUUGUGCCCCAUCCCUGUUCUGUAAGGUUCAAAUUUUUCUUUAAAAAAGGGCUCUAUUUUAUUGUCAGAAGAUUUUUUUUAAAUGCUCAUAAGAAAAGCAUGAAAAAAUUACCCACUUUUUUAAAGAUGAAUGCCAGUUGUAACGAUUUCAAAAUGAGUUCGAACAGAAUCCAAUGAAAUGACAACCAAAGUGUCCUUUUGCAUAAAUAAAAAAAUAUGUGCCAAAGGAUUCUGGAAGAAAUUCUGUAAUUGCUGAGAAAUUAGCAAAAUAAGCACAGGAUUCGUGUCAAAAAUUUUCAAAGCAAUAAUAAAACACUGUCCCACAUGUGCUUAUUUGUGUUGGGGAUCUUGAGUGGGAACAUUUUUUUUUUAGCUUAGAUUUCAGGAUUUCACAAACUUCAGUUUAUGUAACUGUACCAAAAUCUAGAUCCACGCUGAUACAGUGACAAUUAGGUUUGGUUUUGCAGACUUUCUCGUGAAAUCAGUGUUUACUGCAACUGCCUUCAUUUAUCUUUAACAACAAACUUUAGUCUGGAUUAAAAAAAAGCUAUCUGAA